GCAUGUGCCUUCCGCCAUUUUGUAGUUUGCUCGAGAGACCGUGUUGAGUUCGAUUCUUCCACCUCGGUAAGGAAACACCGUCGUGCGAAACGGCCGCGCGUUGAUCCGCUCGGCGCGGUGGGCCGGAGGACGCACAAGGGCGGAUCGUAAGGCGCGCGUCGCGCAGCGUCGCGAAUUCGCGCGAGGAAACGUGCCAAUCUCGCCGCCGCCUGUCUCGCCAGCCGUCGUACAUAUUUCGUCGCGCGCACGCGAGCGUGUGCGUGCGUGCGUGCAUGCGUGCGUGCGUGCGAGCGAGCGAACGAGCGAGCGGGCGAGCGAUCGGGCGAGCAACGAUCGAGCCUUAGCUGGCUAGUCGAUUGGCGAGGUUGAACGAACGUGAAUCACGAGCGUACGAAUUCGCGAAUGCGCUCGCGACGCCCCGCGCGCACGACGACCUGAGAGCGAACAACCAAGUGUGCCUCGAGAGAUUUUAGUCGAGAAACCGAUCUGCACGAGGCCGUUUGAAAGAAAGAGAGAGAGGGAGAGAGAAAGAGAGAACGAGCGAGCAGGCAGGCAGGCAGGCAGGCACCUCGUAACGCUAGAUUCAGGGCACAUGGGAUCAUCCGGGCCCGUCUCGAGAUGAACGGUGAUUUCGGGUACGUUUACAUGAAUGGGGACAUCGGGAAGCUGCCACCAGGGGCGGUCUACCCAGCCACCCCUGAACCUCUGGGUCUACAGGUUGCAGGAGCGAUUGGCGGUGGAGUGCCUAAUAUAGAUUACGGAGUCAUGAACGGUGCACCAAGUGGUAGUGAACUGAUUCUCGAUACUGGUGUCGGCAGCCUGGAACCAUCUCCCCAACACGCCAUAGGCAUGCACGGAAGCGCCAUUGGAUAUAGCCCAGUGGACGUUGCUGCUUUGGCCGAUGCUUCUGCUGCUCCGCCACCAUCUGCACCAAUGGCUGAUCUAAAUGUUCCCGGUAUACCCUUGGAACAGCUCAAGCAGAUGCUCUCUUCGCAACUCGAGUACUAUUUUUCCAGGGAGAAUUUAGCCAACGAUACCUAUUUGCUGUCCCAAAUGGAUAAUGAUCAGUAUGUACCGAUAUGGACAGUAGCAAAUUUUAAUCAAGUCAAGAAACUGACGAAAGAUAUCAAGCUCAUAACUGAGGUGCUGAGAGAGUCUCCCAAUGUACAAGUGGACGAAGAGGGACAGAAAGUGAGACCCAAUCACAAACGAUGUAUCGUGAUACUUCGUGAAAUACCAGAGAGUACUCCAUUGGAGGAUGUAAAGAAUUUAUUUUCCGGAGAGGGAUGUCCGAGGCUUAUUUCGUGCGAGUUUGCUCAUAAUAGUUCGUGGUACGUGACAUUUGAAUCCGACGACGAUGCUCAAAAGGCCUAUCGGUUUUUACGCGAGGAAGUUCGAGAAUUUCAGGGAAAGCCAAUAAUGGCGAGAAUUAAAGCUAAACCAAUGAACAGGCUACCGAUACCAACGGUGCCUGGUGUAGGUGGCAUAAAGAAUGGCUACAGAACUCCACCCCCUACUGUCUACGAUCCAAGCAGUUACACGGCUGGACAGCAACGUUUUCUCUAUACCAAUGGCACGACCAUGCCUCAAACGACUAUGCCGGCAUACCCGAACCAAGUUGUUUACCAACCAUUCUAUCACGGUAUGAUGCCUUGGGCAACCACCAGUCCCGCUUAUUUCGAUAUGUCCAGUGUUUUUACGAUGAACGGGAUGACACCGCACAACACGUAUACUCGUUCAAACACAAGAUACAAUCCUCGCCACAGACAUAGACAGAGAAAUGGCUCUGAUAGAAGUUGCUUGAUUGAUCCCGCCAAUCCCAGUAACAAUAGCAACAACCAUCAUCAUCAUCACCACCAUCACCACCACCAUCAUCAGCCGUCGUCCAUGCCGCCGCUGAGUAAUCGUAGCUCUCAUCCCCCUAUGACCGGGGGCGGCGGCAAUGUGUCUCUAAACUCCACGUCCACUUAUCACGCUUCGAGCCUACCUUCCUCGAAGCCGCCCUCCUCGUCGUCCUCCUCUUCCUACCAGUCCGGCACAAAGUUCCAUUCCUCAUCGUCUGCCGUGUCGUCCGUCGAGCACGCGAAGGGAUCGUCUUCUUCCUCGUCAUCCUCCGCGCAAGACCAGGAUACAGCAACGGCGACAGUCGAAUCCUCCUCCUCCUCCUCCACCUCCUUAUCCUCGGCGCCUUCGUUUCCCCGCCACCGUAACCAUCGCAGGACCAAAGAUCAGGACACGAAAGUAGCUGCAGGAAAUAAUCACUCGCUACCAGCGAUCAAGGAAUCUUUGCCGGCAAGCGGAGGUAGCAACAGCAGCAACUGUGUCAGCGGUGGUGGCCGCAGUAGCGGCGUACAGUUCGAUCUUGAAGCGGCUGCUUUCCCGCCCCUGCCCGGUCUUGACGCUGAUCACGGCAAAGUAUCGACUGAUAUCGGCGGUAGUGGUACUGGGACCGUCGAGUCCUCGUCGCAAAAUAGAUUGUCCGAUGUCGUGAAAGGCACCGCUAAGCUCAAGGCAGUCAUCAAGGAUAAAGAAAGUGGCAACCAGCAACAAUCUUCUCAACUGCAACAGCAGCAAACCGUAGCACCUCCGCAGCCAGCGAUCGCGGCUAUCGCCAGUAGGUCCACUAGUCCUGGAGCGAAUGCCGGAGCGGAAACACAAGGAAACGCAGUGGGAAAUGCUGCGUCGACGAAUUCUUCAGGCGCCGCGCAUAUCCUUAAUCCGCCAACGGUCAACAACGAGAAUACGUCAUCGGUCGACACAGCCGCCGCCGUGCUCAGCACUGUCAUCGCGCUCACUCCCCCGUCAUCUCCUGAUAAAUCUAUAAAGACUGACGACUUGAACAUGGUGAACGGUAUGGACGACGCUGUAGUCGCGAACACGCACCUGCCAGCGGCGGCGACGAUAACGACGGCUACGACGACCACGACGACGACGGCGGCAGCAACGGCGACGAUGGACGAUGCCGAGCCGAUGACCAGGUGCGAUUGCAACAAUAUUGUCGUCGUCCCUCCUCCUACUGCCUCACAGAGCUCUCAAUCGCAGACUGGAGUGGCCUCUGCCUUCCCUAUAGAUCUAACGAGGCCAAGCUAUGCCCAAGUAGCGCAACAUUGCCGUGAACUACCUUGUACAAAACACAAAACAGAUGAGAGGGAUAGAAAUGUUUAAAAGCUGCACGUGACGGAAGAGAGGAAGACACAUGUAAACGGCGAAAGCAGCUUAGAUAUUGCGAAGCAAGACGUCAAAAUCUACAGAUUACCACACACGCGCAACAACAGGAUAAAUAAACGAUAUUUAGCUAUGCUACGACGUCAUCGCCAUUUUCUCGGGGUCGGGAUCGAGAAUCAGGAUAUCGGAGCUCGCCGCUGCUUUCACCUACCUAUCUACCUAUCUAUCCCCCCAGCACACCCCCUCUCUUGGAUCGACGCCGUCACGUGCUGCAGGCGCGUGAGGAAGAGAGAACUUUUUACAUUGUACAGUGACGUCUCGCCUACGAUCAACGAUCGAUCGAUUGACGAAUCGAAGAAAGAAAGAGAGAAAGAAUGAAAGAAAGAGAGAGAGAGAGAGAGAUAGUGUGUGUGAACGUGUGUGAGAUUCGCCGCACGUUAUUAAAGCGGCGCAUUUGCAGGCGCUACUAUUAUACAGGGUGAUCGGAGAGUCCCGCGGGACAAAUUUGUCGCCGCGGUUUAAUGAUGUUAAUUGGAUAUUCGCAAGUUGACAUAAUUGUUUUAUUCGCUUUAUGCAAUUCGUGAGAUGCAAUUGAUUUGAUUUGUAAUUUAUUCCUGACUGUAGGACGCGAGAAGAUUUUAAGAGCUUGAAAAUCUAAGCGUUAAGAUUUAAGAACCUGAUGAUUUAGGCAUCCAUGUUGAGACAGAGAAAACAGAGAGAAUAAAGUCGUUCGGCAAUUAAAGUCAGGAGAAUGGGGUGCCAUGUGAAUUGAUGAAAGAACUUUUUAUUAAGAGCCCGGUGAGGCAACUAUUUUUCGGAGAUCGAAAAAUUUAAGAAAUUUAAAAGUUAGAGAUUUUACAGGAAAGGUGGAAAUUUAAGAAGUUAAUGAAUGAAAAAAAAUUGAUGAUUUAAACAUUUAUCAAUUUGUAAGUCUUUACGAGUUUCGGGUAGACCGAGGUUUUGAGUAUAUCUAAUGUUUAAUAAGAUUUAGUUUUAAGACUUCGUUAGUAAUUGGUAAGUUAAGGACUCUUAAUUAUAACGAGUAUAUAUACACAUAUAGGUCUAAAAAAAAGAAACUUACGAAUCUAAAAAAUCUAAUAAACAAAAUAUAUAUAUACAUAUAUAUAUAUAUAUAUACAUAAUCGAGAGAGAGAAAUGUACUUCGGAAAAAACGCACGCGUCAUUAAACGAAGUACCAUUUUUUUUAAGUGCUAAAUUUUUCUUUCGGCUGCACCAACCGUACGGCUGCGCGGCUUCCCGAUCACCCGGUACAUUUGCGUAAGAGAAGAGUAUUGUUGUAUAUCGUUUUUGGUUCUGUGAUUGAGGUAAAUAUUUGUUAGCUUGUAUAAAAACGCGUUAAAGAGAUAAGAUACAUUAACUUUUAAAGAACCCCCUUCCCCCGCCCCUCCUUCGCGCGCGCAGGGCCGUAAUAUUAUAACCAGAGAGAAAACAUGUCUAUAUAGAUAUAUAUAUAAUACAUAUAUAUAUUUGUGCCAAAAACACAUACAUUGCUUGACGAAAUCUCCCGAUGUGCAACGAAUUGGACGCCGAAGUCAGUACUGAAUAGAGAUUCUCGCCAAGUAGAAAGCGCGGUAGAAUCCCUUCGAUAAAAAUUCUUCUCUCUUCCACGCCCCAAUUCUUAAUGAAAAAAAAGAAAAUUAUUAAUAAGAGGAAAAGAUUGUAUGAUUUUAUAUGCGAGAUUAUGAAUGAUUUAAGACGAUAGCGAUGACAAAGAAUGAUGAUGAUGAUGACAAGGAGGAGGUGAGGGAGGAGGAUAGUCGAGAAGCACACAUAAAUUCGUAUUUUAUGCGGAUAACGUAUGUAGGAAAUUGUCGCAAAGGAAAUUAGCGGUAAUAUCGAAUCGGCAAAACUAGGAUAAAAAUCGAGUCCAUAAUUGAGGAAUGAUCUUAGAAAAUAUUAUGAAUUUUACAAACAAAACUACUUUUUAAAAACAUAAUAGUUUGUGUUUAAGAAAAUGUUAUUACAAUUAUAAUAUACAAUGUAUAGAGUUUCUCUUAUAUAAGACACGCGAAAAAUGUUUGUGUGAUGGAAAGAAUUGAAAAAAUUUAUAUGAAAUUCUAUACAAAAAAUGUGUAUUAUAAUGAAGUCUCGUGAUAUACAAUCAAAGUGAAUAUUUUACAGAAUUGAACAUAAAUCUAUUCUCAUCCAUAUACUCAGUUUGUUAGACAAAUCUUUAUUUAUAGAUCCUAAUCAUUCCUCAAUUCGCGAAAUUCAUUUUAGAUAUCUAAUGUUUGAAUUGGAACUAAAUUCACAUUCGAUAUUAUCGAAUUCUUCAAUUCCUGAUCUUUUGGAGUUUUGAGAUUUUUCGAAAGACCUGCCCGAGAAUUUUCCAAGUUUUGCACUUCGAAGCUACGUCUUAUGGUUACCCAUCUCGAAAUUUUUCACAAUUUUAUCUCGACUUGAUUUCCGGCGUUUUCUCGCCUAUUCCGAAUAAAACGAAUCUCUAGAAGACUUCCUCCUAAUUAUUCUGAAAUAUUUUUUUGACUUGUGCGUUGUUUCAAGAAGUAAUUGAACAUUCACAUACUCCCUAUUUGAUUUCUUUUUUUCUUAUUUUUUAUUUUUGAUUUUCAAUUACCUAAUUUGUUCAAACAACGCAAAUUUCUGUCCCAAUUCUUAGGCAUUAUUCCGGGAGAUGAGCAAAUCUAUUUUUUACUUUCUAUAAGCUCCCAUCGCAAUUCCAUCCCAAUUUUCUUAAUUUUAAUCUUCAAGUCCAGUGGUUCUUCUUUACUCUUCCGCCGUCUCGUUCGUCGCAGUUGCUCCCAUGCUCUCACGAACGAGCGUUGUUCACCAUGGUGGUCAAUGGUCAAUUCCGUCGAUUCCGGAGACCACCAUAAGCAUCGCGUGGCAACUUCCGGUUUUGCAUCAAACUCAAUUCCCUUUUUUUUAACUAAGCGCUUAUUUAUGCUCUUCGCCGCGAUCAAAUCUUAUUCUUUCUACUUGACCUUCUGACUAUGAGGUGUGUUGAGACAUUUAAGAAUUUUAGGGUCAUGCUUCUAUUAUCGGCAAGGAGAGAGAAUGAAAAAAAUAGAAUGUGCGCGAGAGAACAUACUAAUUCGGAGUAGCUAGUGUUGCGAGAAUCGGGAUGACUAAUUGAGCACGCAUUUAAGUGCCUCAAAGUAUGGUGUACAUUAUUGAUUAUCGAUUACCACUAUUCUAAUAUUAAUUAAUAGUACUAUUGAUUGCUAUUAUAUACUAUUAUCUCAUCAUUAUUUUAUUAUUAUUAUUAUUAUUAUUAUUAUUAUUAUUAUUAUUAUUAUAAGAAACAGGAGCUUUUGGCUUUAGGUGUUACGAUGAUGCGUAUGUAUCUACACAUACAACACACAUUGUAUUGAGAGUAAAUAAAAUGAGAGAAAAAGUGCGAGAGAGAGAAAGAGAGAAAAGAUUACUGUUUACAGGAGAUCGAUUUUUCGUCUUUUUUUGUUUUCAUAUAUUUUUUAUUACAUUUACGAAUGCGAUGGAAAAGAUAAGAAAAGAAGGGUGAAAAAUCGAUCUCUUGCCAACAGGAUAAUACGUCGAUGUGUAUACUGCUAUAUUUUGAACUUAUGAUGCUGCCGUUUCAUUUAUCUAUUGAUAUACAUACACAUAUAGGGCGUUUCAAAAUAGGAUUGCAAAAUAGGAUCAGCUGUUUUUGUUAAUAUAUUGAGUUGAAUAAAUCAAAUAAACGACAUGUCGGACAAAUAGACUCUCAGAGAAUCGUAUAUCGCGCUGGAAAGACUUUCCUUCUGGAUUCUUGCGAUUUUUCAUGAGAUCAACGAACUUGAGUCUGCACCUUGGACAUCUUGAAUAUUCAGAUUAACUCUUUUGAGAAUUUUUUCGUACUUUUUAUUUUUAAAUGUUAAAAAACUCUCGGGUUUUAUCUGAGAAUAUUUGAGAUACAAUAAUUCAUAAAUAAUGACUGUGAAAGAGCUGAAAGAAAUUCUAACAUUUUCUACUUUCGUAAUAGAAUGUAAUGUGUAUAAGAAUUGUAGAAGUCUUGAUUCAAUAAUUUGAACAUGUUUCAUCGCACAGAAAUGUUCCUAAAUCAUAAGAAACCGGGCAAGAUGCCGGGAAGAUUCUUUGCGCGUGAUUCUCUGAAAAUGACAUAUUGACACAUUGUAAUUCUCGUCCGUUGCGUUUCUCCGCAAGAGAAAAUAUCCCGGCCGGUAGUUUCCAAUGAAACUUCCUCGUACAUCCGGAAACAAGUACAACGGAUGCGUAUCCGGGAUGUCAGAGAAUGAUCGAUCGUCGAUCGAAGCGGAAGCUUAGCGGACUUAGAGCGAUGUGGUUCUUUUUAAUUCGCACAUGAGGUGCUCCAGAGGCGAGUCCUACAGCGCGUUUCGUUAAUAAUACAAUACGAAACGAUACACACAUACGCACAUACAGAUAUAUACAUACAUACAUAUACACAUACACACACACACAUGCAUAUAUAUAUAUAUAUUUUUUUUUAGUGAACCGCGCUCGGUUCUCCCUUUGAGACGCGCGGUUUCGCAUCGCCACCGUUCUCCAACGAUGUAAUAAAAAUAUUCAAUGUAUAUAUAUAUAUAUAUAUAUUAUAUACGCGUAUGUAUACUACUACACACAUACACAUAACACAUAUACAUACACACACGCGGGAUAGGCUAAGUAUUAAUUAUAGUACAUACGUUGAUGUAUGUGUGCGUAAUGUAAUUCGUGAUUCUACGAUUCGCGAUUCUAUAUUGCGAUUUGUAACUCUCGUGUCGCGGAUUCAUAAGAAAAAAAAAAUAAGAAAAAAAGAAAAACAAGCGAUUCACGUAAUCGCGCGCCUUGUCACAUAUAUGCAAGCGACUCUUAACGAUUCAUCAAACGACCCCCUUUUCCUUUGUUCGAUUUUCUUUUCUUGGAUUAACACUUGGGUUCUUUGGUGUUCCUUUUUUCGUUGGUCCUUUUUCUCUUCACGCGAAGCGUUUCGUUUGUUGUUUUUCGAUCGCACACACGUGGAAGUCAAAAGUGCGGUGUAAUUAUAGUCUGUUAACGAAAAUUAGACAGAGGGAUCUAUUAAUGCUGUAGAUACUAAUCGUGAGAGAAAAAUAGAUGAUACGGCGAAAAGAAAAGAGAGAUAUUGACCCGCGUGAUUAACGGCGCUGUUUUUUUUAGCGAUUAAAUUUUAGGAAAGUUAGAAUAGAAAAAGAAAGGAAGGAGAAUUAGUAAGAUAUUGCGAAAGUACUUUGCCCGUUAAUUUAAACGCGUUACGGCUGAUCGAGUGCUAUUUAUGUGAUUUUUAUAGAUCCACGCCGAUCAAUUUUGGUUCUAUAGUAGACUGAGCUUUUAGAUUCCCUUUCCCUUUCCUCAGGUCGUUGCCAGAGAUCGGAUACUUUUAGGUAACGUUCGAAAAUUUUUGAUAAUCUGUGUCGCAUAAAAUAACGAGGGUUUCUCAAAGAUUGCACCGCGUGAGAGUAAUGUGAAAUAAAACGCGACGUGGACUUCGAUCUCGCGAAAAUUGUCCAUUGAGAUCGAGAGUACGUCGCGGCGGAUUCUCUCUGGCGAUAUUGUGUCGAUUAAUUAACCGAAAAAAAGAACACACACAAUAGCAACGUUUCGUUAACGCAUCAGGAUAAGCUGUGAUUAUAUAAAAAGAAAAAUAAAGAAAACAGAGAACCGAGCAAGAGAGCAGGACGCAACAGGAUGUGUAUUCCUAGAAAGUCUGAUUUUGUAAACUACUUCUACGAGGAAAACACUUGUGUAUUAUAUAUAUAUGAUAUGCGAUAUGAUAUAUGAUAUGAUAUACGAUAUGAUCUAUGACGUUUGUUUAUUACUAUGUAAAGUAACAGAUUUCGAAAUUAAACAUUAAUUACUGUUAA